CCAUUCUGUAUCCCGGGCCCUGCCCAUGUGCCCUCCCCUCUGUAUACAGAAAGGGGAUGAUUGGCAGGGGAGGGAGGACACAUCUUCUCUCUUAUGCUACGUGCAAAGAAAAGAAAUCCUGCCAGACAGAUGCUCCUUUCCCUCUUCCCAGCUACACAUUGGUGACUGGGGGGCCACACUAUAUGCCAGUCUGCACCGCAGUGCCCACCCCUAGCAUUGGCAUCUACUAGAAGGAUCCACAUCUGGAGCUGCUGCCUCUCCCCUGGAUGGCAUCCCUGAUGAAGUACUAAGGAAGACUCCACUCAAACUUUUGGAAGACGGCGCCGGUAUCGGCAAAAAGAUAUGCCAAUGUUUACCAUGCUGUACCGUAGAAGCCCAUCCAUGAGCCCAGAUUUCCAGCACUAUAGCUUCAGAAUGCCUAAUAUUGGAUUCCAGAACCUCCCUCUCAACAUUUACAUCGUAGUGUUCGGCACUGCUAUAUUCGUCUUCAUCCUGAGCCUUCUCUUCUGCUGCUACCUGAUACGGUUGAGACAUCAGACGCGUAAGGAGCUGUAUGCGUAUAAACAGGUUAUUUUAAAAGAAAAAGUAAAAGAGCUGAAUCUCUAUGAGAUUUGUGCUGUUUGUCUAGAAGAAUUCAAGCCCAAGGAUGAGCUGGGUAUAUGUCCGUGCAAGCAUGCCUUUCACAGAAAAUGCCUCAUUAAAUGGCUGGAAGUGCGGAAAGUGUGCCCCCUAUGUAACAUGCCCGUCCUGCAACUGGCACAACUUCACAGCAACCCGGAGCCUGGACUUUCACAAGGCCCGCUGCCAGGUGCGGAGAACAUUGUAUAGUUUACAGCCAAGUCAUCAUCAUGGGUCACCCAUACCAGAAGGCACAGAUCACAUGUCCAUACCCCGCUUCUUCGGGGCAGAUCCCAGAAUCCUGGUCGGGAGCUGAUUGAUUCCCGCGACGAUCUCCGACUUGGAUAUGUGGACUCUGUAGCAACCAAAAGCACUUUCAUCGCCUGCCUCCAUGCAGGGGAGACACAAGCGGACUUGGCAGCAGUAUUAGGCCUUGGACGAGCACUUUACAAGAUUUCACUGAGACUCUUACAGCUUUUUUUUUUUUUCUUUAUAUGGGAAAUCUUUACUGGAAGUUUCACUGUGCCAGGGUCAGAAGUGGCACUACUGUCCAUUUACAAAGGGAAGGGAUGGUACCAAACCAAGGAGAAGCUGGGAGAUUGGGUAUUGCCGCACUAUGCAAACUGCUUACCGUAAACCGUGCCCAUCUGUGUAUGGGAGAACACCCUGCACGCCUGCGUCUGUCUGUAAAUAUGCUUAUAUCCUCGGCAGGAUACAAAGCAUAAACUGAUAUCGUCUUCUUCGGGGUGCCCGUCGCUGGCAUGCAGCCAUUUUGUCAGCUUGACCAAUAUUUCAACUGUUGGGUCUUUAGGCCCUAGUUACAGCAACGGGGUAUGAGUCACAAGGUACCUUAUUGCUGAAAUGGGCACAAAUAAAGAAAAAUGGCGUAGACCAUAGGAUUCAUCCUCCUGAAUAUUGGUAUGGCCCAAAAUGUCUGCAUUCCAUUCACUAUGAAACAAGACUGUUACAUGUCCUAGAUAUAUGAUAGUUAAAGGAGAACUCCAGAAUGAUCUAUUUGUAUCCAGGAAUAUAAAGACCAGAGAUAAUUUCUAAUCUCUUCAGGUUGUAUGUGGUUUUACAACUUGGCUCCAUUCAUUUCAAUGGAACGGAGUUGCAUUACUACAAACAGCCUGAGGACAGGUGUGGUGCUGUUGUUCCAAUCCGGGAUAACCCCUUUAAAGGGAUUAUCCAGGAAUCGAAAAGCAUAGCUAAUUUCUUUCAAAAACCGCCCCCUGUCUGUCUCCAGGUUGGGGGUGGUAUUACAACUUUGCUCCAUUCACUUCAAUGGUACUGAGCUGCACAACCACACCCAACCUGGAGACAGACGGGGAAUGGUAUUUGAAAGAAAUAAGCUACGUUUUUUGAUUACUAGAUAACCCAUUUAAGCCGGUUUUCAUAGAUUUAAAAUGUGAAUAAUUUUUUUUUAUAUCUUAUCCCCCUGAUGAGUUAUUGAAAUUGCAAUCUUUGUCCCUAUGACAACACUUCCUGUCUACUGAGACGCAGACCUACAGUAACCAGCUGUCACCCAUUCAACCGAAGGCAAAAGAAACUAAGGGAUUUGAUUGGUUACGGUCAGGUCCAUUGUACCAGGGUAGAUGCAGGAAGUCUUGUCAUAGAAAUAAAAUUCUCAAUUUAGAAUUUAAUACAAGAAAGGCAAAUUUUAGUUUUAGAGGCAUUACUGUAGAUCUGGGAGUUCUUCUAGAAGUCACUGGGCACCUGCGAAAUUAUUGAGUGCUUGACAACUUAGCAGCACUUAGAAUAUCGCACCCUUUCGUAACCCAUAAUGAUACCAGGCAAUGUUGGUGAGAUAAUGCCAAUGCCCAUAAGACGGUUAUAAUUAUAAUAUAUAUUUAUAAUACAUGACAUUUUUGCUAGGAAGAGAAAGGGACAAAUGUAGAUUCUUGAGAAUUUUUAAUUUUUUUUUACAAAUAAGAAAAAAUGAUGACCAAUUAACCCAAUUGCAUGUUAAUAUGUAGUGGCCCGUGACCAGACUUACUUGCCGGAUCGGUCAGGGUCUGCCAUGGUGUCGGCCUUCACUGUAUAAAAACUAGAGCACUUACAAAAAUUUUACAGAUGGGUGACCGUCUUAUAGAAUUACCCAGGGGGUAUUAUAUACAGGGUGGGUUGGGUCAGAAACCACCCAAAUAUAUAAAGUGGGAUUGUUUCGUCUGGCCUCUGUCCCUCUCCUUUAAAUCACUGUUAACGUAGAACUUGUUGUGAGUUGGAAAUGGUGGCGGGGUAUUGACUGGGACCACCUUGGUCUUCACGAGAGCACGGAAGAGCGGUGUAGUCACCUCUGUGGGCUGGAAUCUGUUGCUAGGCAACAAUUAUAUAUAUCAUUUUUUAUUUUUUUUUAAGCAGUAGAAUUCGUAACCCUUUGGGCCAUUCACAAUUUGGUUGGCUUCGGAGCUGAAAUCUCACAGUAUUCCCUCCUUGUUCAGUGUCUGCACGUAGCAGUGCACAGUAAUCUGAGGUAGGAAAAAACCCUCUAAGCUUAUAGGGACGUGUCUGGCAACAGGCUUUCUGACGGUUUCCGAUAACAUUGUGUUUUUAUUUUUAAACAAUUUUAGGAUUUAUUCUAUAUUGUGACUAUAGGUUUGUCUGUCUUAAAUUUUCACGAAUGUGAUGUGUAAAGAGUGUUCGCUAAUUCGAGUAAUUUCCUAAAAUUGAGACAAAACUGGCCACUUUCUUACUGCUACAGCGCCACCUCUAGGCACAUGUUGUCUCUGGUAUUGCAGCUCGGCUUCAUUGAUGUGUAUAGGGCUUAGUUGCAAUGCCACGCCCAUCCAGUGGACAGGUGUGGUGCUGUUUUAAAGGGGUACUCGGCUGCUCAGCGUUUGGAACAAACUGUUCCGAACGCUGGAGCUGGCUUCGGGAGCUCGUGACAUCAUAGCACUGCCCCCUUAUGUCACGCCCCGCC